AUGGCGGCGGUGCCGCUGCUGCUGCUGCUGCUGCUGCUGGGGGCGGCGGCGGCGGGGCCGGGGCCGGGGCCGGGGGCGGCGCUGCGGGAGGAGCUGCUGCUGCGGCCGCUGCCCGCGGGGGACGUGGCCGCCGCCUUCCAGUUCCGCACGCGGUGGGACGCCGACCUGCGGCGGGGGGCCGUCUCUCACUACAGGCUCUUCCCGAAGGCGCUGGGGCAGCUGGUGGCGGCGCAGGGCGUGCGGGAGCUGCACCUCGCCCUCACGCAGGGCUUCUGGCGCACCCAGAGCUGGGGGCAGCCCCCCCUGGGCGCCCCCGCCGGCGCCGAGCUCUGGGUCUGGUUCCAGGACGCCGUCCCCGACGUUGACAAAGCCUGGAAAGAGCUGAGUAACAUCCUCUCGGGAAUCUUCUGCGCUUCCCUGAACUUCAUCGACUCCACCAACACGGUCACUCCGACAGCGUCCUUCAAACCCCUGGGCUUAGCCAACGGGACGGAUCACCGGCUGCUGCGGUACGCUGUCCUGCCCCGGGAGGUCGUCUGCACAGAGAACCUCACGCCCUGGAAGAAGCUGCUGCCGUGUGGCUCAAAGGCCGGCCUGGCCGUGCUGCUCAAGGCUGAGCGGCUGUUCCACAGCAGCUACCACUCGCAGGCAGUGCACAUCCGCCCCAUCUGCCGGGAUGCUUCCUGCCUGGCUGUUUCCUGGGAGCUCAGGCAGACCCUCACUGUGGUCUUUGACAGCUUUACCAGCGGCCAAGGAAAGAAAGACUGGUCCUUGUUUAAGAUGUUCUCUCGCACUCUUACUGACGCGUGUCCUCUGGCAUCGGAGAGCAAGGUCUACGUUGACAUCUCCCCUAAGAACAAGGAAAAAGAGUUACUGGAAGUGACCCCCACUCCAACAUCCGUACACGAAGCUGUUGUCCAGGGAGACAAGAGAACCUAUGCAGUCUACGACCUGCUCAGCCCCUCACUCUUCAAUUCCUCCCGCAGCCUCAACGUGCAGCUGAAGUGGAAGCGGCCCCAAGACAGCCAGGAACUGUCAACACCCGUACUCCACGCUCAGCGCUACGUAAGUGGCUAUGGGCUGCAGACUGGCGAAAUCAGCACUCUCGUCCACAACACUCACCCGUACCGGGCUUUCCCUGUGGUCCUGCUGGAGACUGUGCCGUGGUACCUGCGGCUCUACGUGCACACCCUGACUGUCAUCACUAAGGGGAAGGAAAACAAGCCAAGUUAUAUCCACUACCAGCCAGCCCAGGACCGCAAACGGCCUCACCUACUGGAAAUGCUGAUCCAGCUUCCAGCCAACUCUGUCACCAAGAUCACAAUCCAGUUUGAGAGAGCCUUACUGAAGUGGACAGAGUACACGCCUGACCCGAAUCACGGAUUUUAUGUCAGUCCAUCCGUGCUUAGUGCCCUGGUGCCCAGCGUCAUUGCAAUGAAGGACGUGGACGUGGAGGAGAGCCCGCUCUUCGCCUCGCUCUUCCCUUCCUCCGACGGCUCCAGCUAUUUCGUGCGCCUCUACACGGAGCCACUGCUGGUGAACUUGCCGACGCCAGACUUCAGCAUGCCGUACAACGUCAUCUGCCUGACCUGCACCGUGGUGGCAGUGUGCUACGGCUCCUUCUACAACCUGCUGACCAGAACCUUUCACGUGGAAGAGCCAAGCCGGGGAGGGCUGGCCAAGCGGCUGGCUAACAUCAUCCGUAAGUUCAGGGGCGUGCCGCCCCUCUGAGGGCAACCAGGGCCGCUGGCGCUGGACACAGGGCUCGGUGGAAGCCCAGAGCUCUGUGGGGAGACCCAGGGAGCAGAGCGCUGCUGCCUCCUGUCUUUGCUGCCUGCGUCUCUCCUGGGUCCUACAAGCUGAGAUUGCUUCCGUGAUUAAGAUGGAAGAGGGCUCUAAGCGCAGUAACUCCCAAACUGCAUUCACACAGGAUUAGGAAAUGUGCAAGUCGUCUGUUUGGGUGAGGGGUAACUUAUUUACCAGGAACAAUGCUGGAAGUAAACUUGAGCUGUUUUGUA